AAAAUAUUUAAUACCAAUUAAUGCAGCAAUAAGUCACCACAGUUCACACAGAUAAAUUCAAAGCCAUAGGUCCCUAUUCUGCUGGUAAAAUAGUUGCACCAACAGCCCACCUAGUCUAUUUAUCAGGAUAGUUAGGAAUUGUUCCAGAAGUAAAUAUUAAAAUAUCUAUGUACAAUAGACAGGAAAUUUAAUUUCUGAAGAUGUUGCAGAAUAAGCUACUUAAGCUAUGAAAAAUGUUGGAAUUUUGUUAGAAGCAUCUAAAUCUAGCUUUAAGAAUGUUGUUAAAUGCAUCGUCUAUUUAGUUGAUAUGGCUGACUUUGCAAAAGUUAAUGAGGCAUAUGCUAAAUUCUUUGAUGGUGAAUAUCCAGCAAGAGUUUGUAUAGCUGUCAAAUAAUUACCAAAAGGUGGCUUAGUAGAAGUUGAAGUCAUUGCAGUUUAAGAUACUGAAUGACGUAUAAUAUAUUUGCAUAAAAUUUUAUAAAAACA